UCAUACGGCAUUGCUAAUAAAGAAAGCAGCUGCAAUAAAGACAACAAAGUCAACAAGUGAAGCCCAAAGACUCAGCCUUUUUGCACCCAUUUCUCACACCCUCUUGUUAAUCUACAGUUUACACGCUUGCAAACUCUCCAUUCUUUCUUUUUUGUUGUGUAUGAUUUAAAUUUUUGGUGGAAGUAGAUGUUGGGGUAUAGUGUAAGGUGCUGAGCUGAAGCUGAAUUUGAUGGAUAAAUUGUGUUGCUUUGGUUCUCAGGCUUCAGGAGGCAAUUCUACGCAUGGAGCUGGCAAGGGAAAAGGCAGUCAGGGACCUAUUAAGUUUGGGUAUAACCUGGUAAAAGGGAAAGCAAGUCAUCCCAUGGAGGAUUAUCAUGUAGCUAAAUUUGUUCAGCACCAGGGACAUGAGCUCGGACUUUUUGCGAUUUAUGAUGGGCAUCUCGGAGAUAGUGUUCCUGCAUAUCUGCAAAAGCACUUGUUUCAUAAUAUAAUAAAGGAGGAAGAGUUUUGGACUGAUCCAGGCAGGUCAAUUUCGAAGGCUUAUGAAAGAACAGAUCAGGCUAUUCUAUCCCACAAUCCAGACUUGGGAAGAGGUGGGUCAACUGCGGUGACUGCAAUUCUUAUAAAUGGUCAAAUUCUCUGGGUAGCCAAUGUUGGAGAUUCACGAGCAGUUCUUUCCAGGAGAGGGCAAGCAAUACAGAUGAGUGUCGAUCAUGAGCCUAAUACAGAGCGUGGAAGCAUUGAAAACAAAGGUGGCUUUGUCUCAAACAUGCCAGGGGAUGUUGCAAGAGUGAAUGGUCAGUUGGCUGUUUCCCGUGCUUUUGGAGACAAGAACUUAAAAAACCAUCUGCGGUCUGAUCCUGAUGUAACCAAUGCUAAUAUUGACGGGGAUACAGAUCUUCUGGUCCUCGCAAGUGACGGUGUGUGGAAGGUAAUGUCUAAUCAAGAGGCUGUUGACAUUGCUAUAAAGAUUAAGAACCCACAGAAAGCAGCAAAACAGCUAUCACUUGAAGCAUUGUAUAGAGAAAGUAAAGAUGACAUAUCUUGCAUUGUCGUUCGGUUCAAGGGUUGAAACAUGUCAUGUUUCAUGUAUAUGCAUUACAUGUACAUUAGAGGGGGUUUCUGUUGCAUGGGGGAAAUAUGUUAGACAAUACAAAGUCUUGGGAUCACAUAGAAAUCGGGUGUCCAUAUCCAAAUUAACGUUCAAAGAGUCCGUAUAAUUCGUUUUUUCUGUCAUUGCUCUGUAAUAUAUAUUAUCUACAAUUAGGAGUUGUGAUGUUCGUUUAUUUGUUUGAUUGUAGAAUCAUACUUCCAAAUCUUUGUAAUUUGCGGUGGUGAUGUUAAAGUUGGCUUGUUGAUAACCA